AUGCAAAAUAUUACCCCUUUACACCCUGGUUUAUCAUAUAGUUUUUGUAGAUCCUACCACUCACAACUGGCUGAUGUUCAAACUCGCCAAGAAAACACUUUUCUUGUGGAUACCAUCGAUAAUAUUGAAAGAUAUACUGGAACUGUGCGUCACUAUUGGUUAGACGGAACAGAUGAAGUUUUAGAAGGAGUCUGGGUGUGGGCAUCCACAGGGAAACAAUUAUCCUACACUAACUGGUAUCCUACUGAACCGAACAAUCAAAAUGGUAAAGAAAACUGUCUUGAAAUUAAAAGUCACAGAGCCAACGGAUGGAACGAUAUUGAUUGUUCGCAUGAAUUAAAUUUCAUAUGCGAAAUGGAAUAUCCAGCAGGCGGGAGCAUCAUUGGAAAGUGAAGAAAAAAUAAUGUCAAAAUAAUGAUAAUGAUA